AUGGCACAUGGUUUCAGCUGUACGUCUAAUCAAAUCAAGAGCUCGCAGUCGCAGGCCAAAAUAUCAGAUACUGGGAGUGGGUUGUUAUAUAAACCUUACUUGCCUUCAUCUCCAUCAUUACUACUCGUAAAACAUUUACACUGCACGCUACACAACAAUAAGAUGAAACAGCCUGCUACCUUGUCUUUGCUUUCUUUUCACACUCUUUUUCUGAGUCUAGUGUUUGCUAGAAAUGUGGUUGAUUUCAGUCAUAACCAUGAUGACAAGCUCUUGAUCAGUGGUGGCAAGGGAGGUGGAUUUGGCUUUGGAGGUGGUUUUGGUGGAGGUAGUGGAUUUGGUGGUGGUGGAGGCGGCGGGGGUCUUGGGGGUGGGCAUGCCAUAGGUGGUAAAGGUGGAGUGGGAGGAGGAAUAGGGGGCGGCUUUGGUGGAGGCAUUGGAAAAGGUGGUGGAAUAGGGGGCGGACAUGGUAAGGGUGUUGGAGUGGGUGGCGGCAUUGGCAAGGGUGGCGGAUUUGGUGGUGGGAUUGGAAAGGGUGGUGGAGUUGGUGGAGGAAUUGGCAAGGGUGGGGGAUUUGGUGGUGGAGUGGGUGGCGGGAUUGGCAAGGGAGGCGGACUUGGUGGGGGGAUCGUCAAGGGUGGCGGACUUGGUGGCGGGAUUGGCAAGGGAGGCGGACUUGGUGGAGUUGGGGGAGGGAUUGGCAAGGGUGGUGGAGUCCAGGGAGGGAUAGGUAAGGGUGGAGGAUUCGGUGGAGGGAUCGGCAAGGGGGGAGGAGUCGGCGGUGGGAUCGGCAAGGGCGGAGGAGUCGGCGGUGGGAUCGGCAAGGGCGGAGGAGUCGGCGGUGGGAUCGGCAAGGGCGGAGGAUUCGGCGGUGGGAUCGGCAAGGGUGGAGGAUUCGGCGGAGGGAUCGGCAAGGGUGGAGGAUUCGGCGGUGGGAUCGGCAAGGGUGGAGGAGUCGGCAAGGGUGGAGGAUUCGGCGGAGGGAUCGGCAAGGGUAGAGGAUUCGGCGGUGGGAUCGGCAAGGGUGGAGGAUUCGGCGGAGGGAUCGGCAAGGGUGGAGGAUUCGGGGGAGGGAUCGGCAAGGGUGGAGGAUUCGGCGGAGGGAUCGGCAAGGGUGGAGGAGUCGGCGGUGGGAUCGGCAAGGGUGGGGGAGUAGGAGGGGGUUUUGGCAAAGGGGGUGGGAUUGGGGGAGGUGACUAA